AUGGCUCCUGUGGGGAAACAGACAACGAAUAUCAUGUUUGUGCCGUAUCGACAGGCAACGCCAAAGAAGCCGGAACAAGCUUCAGAGUUUGAUGAUGAGAUCUCGACACAAAAGCAUGCAGCAAGAGAAUACCAUAGGAAAGCCAAAAUGAUGCGACAACAGGCGGAUUCAAGCACUCAAGGUAAACGCCACCCGCGUAAGAAGACCCAAACAACCAAAGACCAAACGCCGACAGCUGCACGUCCGAACAAGGAAAGCGUUCGACGGGCAGCGCACGAGGAUUCUCACGCCAGCAACCUUGAAGUCAUAGAUCCGGGAGCCGGUCAGCUGGAUCCUUUCAACAUAGUCGUGCCAAACAAUGUACCUUCUUACGCUCUGGAAAUGCUUGAUUAUGGUGUGUCCAUUCUUCAGUCCGGUAUAACACUCUGCCUCUUGCAUUACCCCCCGGUAAUCUCGAACGAGCACACGGCCUUGUCCUUACAAGGGGCCGUGACCGACAAUGGCCACUCUAGCACCGUCUCAGCGCUUGCCAACCUGCGCGAUGUUGUUGUCAGCUGCUCCCUGCACUCUCCGGCCUCGUUCUACACUAUCGCCCUGGCUGGGGCAACACACAAGUCGUAUUCUAGCGAGACCUCUCACCAAAUCAAAAUACUCCGUCUCCAGUACGCAGUCAAGGCCAUCAAGGAGCUCAACCAUGAACUGCAAACGCUCGCCGGUGACCCUGCGGAUGCCUUGCUCUUCUGCAUCAGUCUUCUCGCCGCGCAUGCCUCGAGUGGCGAUCAAACUGCUGUUCCCGUGAAACAGCGAGCCAGGUCUCCACUUGCUACGGCGCAGACACAGUAUUACGGUAGCUUGCGCUGGGAGGAUGCGCACAUGAAAGCCAUUCGUCUCCUUGUCGCGAGGAAGGGCGGUCUUCACAAGGUCAAAUUACCCGGGAUUGCCAACGUGCUCGGCCUUGCCGACAUAUUCAUGUCCUUGCUGAAUCUGACCAGACCCGCGUGGCCUCUGCUUGCCCCGACGAGCCUUGUCCUGUCGACAUGGCCUGAUCCUCCGCCAAAUCUGCCUGCCAUUUUCACGACCAUGACGACGGGCUUCGGCGUACUUCCCAAACCACUCAUCGCCACUCCCCUAUUCAAAGCCAUUAUCACCAUUCGCACCAUCACAGUCGGAUACGAUAUGUAUCUCUCUCAACAGCAUGACGCACCGUCGCUGGUUCAGAUCCUGUGGGCUCGAAACAGCUUGACCCACGACCUAUUGAGUUUGAACCCGACGUUGACGUCCGGAGAUCUAGCAGCGGGCGCGCAUCAUGUCCAACAAGCCGCACCGGCGUUCCGGACGCGGAACGAAGUAUUGACAGGCACAGCGCAUCUACAAGCCGUGUAUCAAGUCGUCAGGUCGUCAACGCUCGCUUAUACACUGCUCGUGCUGUUUCCCAUGCCGAGCGUGGCGGGCGUGCACAGCGCUCUGGCCAAGCAGAUCACGAUCGCCCUGAAGGGCUGUCUCGACCUUGGACUCUGGAGCGACGAAGAAUCAGGGUACACGGACUUGUUGCUGUGGUCGGCGGUGGUCGGCGGUGUCGUCGCCGAAGAAGACAGUGCCGCGAGAGAGUGGUUCGUCGCUCUCUUGUUGCGCCGGAGUCCUGUACCGUGCAAGGAAGAGGCGUGGGACGAGGUGAGGAAGAUCAUUACGCGAUUCUUGUGGUUCGACGGACCAGAGUGCGAGGGCGUCGGGAGAGAUCUAUGGGUGGACGUGUGCGAGGCCAAUUUUUGA